CUUUAUUAAUUCUGUGUCUAUUUUUAUUUCUGAGUGUACGAUGACGGAACGUUGAACGUUAACCAACUCCGACAGUAAUCAUCGAAAAGGAGCGGCGCAUCGUUUGUCACUGUCAAAAAACGCGAUCGAGCAUUUUUGGCAGAAUAAGAACAAUAGCAGCAAAAACAAAAGUUUACAGGAGUUGUAAAAAACUUGGUGAAAUUAUAGAAAUAUUGCGAUAUUUUAGUUUUUAUCGCGCAAUAGUACAUUAGAUUGUUAAGGAUAAUCAUCAGAGCUGUAGAAGCAUCGAUGUUGGACAAAUUUGCCGAGUCCACCGAGAGUAAUCGCACCCGGAACAAUACGGUGGUCAUGUCGAUGAUGCCGCCGCCUCCACUGUAUGCCUCCUCCUCGACAACACCUCGCAGACCGAAUGAUUCGACCGGAGGAUCUUCCGCCACGAAUUCGACCGUGGUCAAUAUUGUAGCAGGUUCUCCUGGGGACACUACAGUUGUAAGCACCGAAUCCACAGUGAAACAGCUGGCUCCACAGUACCAGUGUCAAGUAUGUUCGAAAUGCUUCAGCAGUGUGGCCACUUUGUCGGUGCAUUUGAAUUCGCAUGAGAAUUCAACCCAUAUGGAGUAUCGGAACACGGGAGGAACUAACUACAACGGACAUAUCGUAACGGGAGGACAUGCCAUCAUCAAAACAGAACCGCAAUCGUUUCAGCUUUUAUCGCCUGCGGUUUAUGGUGUGGGUGGUGUCCAUGGGUUUCAAAUGGCCGGAAGUUCCGGCCAGUCGUGUCAAAUCUGCCAGAAGGUUUUCAACUCAAACGAACAGUACCAGAGCCAUAUGAAGAUUCACGAGAAUGAGUUCAGGAACAGGGCUCUGUAUCAGGCCAGUAGUAGCAGCAGCAGCAGUGGCCAACAACAAUCCACAGUUGUGCAGCAGCAGAUAUCAGUUAAAGAUUUGGAACCACCAUCCGAGGAAGAGGAGGUGAAACCGAUCGAUUGUAUUGUGUGCCAUAAAAAGUUCCAAACUGCCACGCAACUGGCGGUGCAUCUGAGGGAGCAUAGCUCCGAAAAACCGUAUCGGUGCACGGUUUGUGGAAAGGGAUUCAUUCAGUCAAACAACUUGUCCACUCACAUGAAGGUCCAUUCGGGACAGAAGCCGUACAAAUGUGAUAUCUGUGGGAAGUAUUUCAGUCAAUCGAACAAUUUGAAGACCCACGUCAGGACUCACACAAACGAGCGUCCGUACGCUUGUGGUAUCUGCGAGAAGCGCUUCAAUCAGAAGAACAAUUUGACGACCCAUAUGCGCACCCAUUCGAUGACCUGUAAGGUCUGUCAAACGCCAUUCCACCACCCCACGGAACUGUCCAAUCAUGUUCGGGUUUGCUAUGCAGAUCAGAAGCCUAAUAUCUGCGCCAUUUGUAACAAGGUCUUCAUGAACCACGAGGAAAUGAGCGACCAUAUGAAGCAACACAAUCAGGUCAAACCUCACAAAUGCCAGAUAUGCCAGAAAACGUUCACCCAAUCGAACAACCUCAAGACCCACAUGAAGACACACAUCUUUCAGGAUCCCUUCAAAUGUUCCUUCUGUUCGCGUUCGUUUCCAAACGAGGAGGAGUUCAGCCGUCACUCGUUGGUGCACUCUUCGCCGAAGCCGUUCAAUUGCCCCUACUGUGGAAAGCAAUUCAUCCAAUCGAACAAUCUCAAGACCCACGUGAGGACCCACACUGGUGAGAAACCUUACAAAUGCUACAUCUGCGAUCGACUGUUCAAUCAGAAGAACAACUUGAACACCCACAUGCGCAUCCACCAGGGUUUAAAGCCGUAUCAAUGCACAAUUUGCGAGAAACGCUUCAACCAGAGCAACAAUCUGAACAAACACAUCUACAAGGUGCAUUGUCACGAAAAGAUGGGCCCGGUGGUGGGAACCACUGCAUCGCUGUCCGGUUCUAUGGAUGGAGCGGUUGUGGUCCCGGCUGCGGCCACCGUUGCUGGACUCGACGGACUGCCCCCAGCAGCAGGUACAAACAGUUGACUACGUUAGGGGAACUUGGCAUCACAACACCACGGAACGAAUCUCCGAGUGAGGAAUUGGCAAAUGAAAUAGGUUUUAGCUACAAUCCUAUAACUUCUACAUAUGAUACCGUAUUAUAAUACUGUAAAAUAAUAUAUGUUAUGGGUAAAUAUGCAUGUCAGCAAU